CCUUGACAUCUGAUAAACGUUGUUCUGCCACCCGCAUCCGUGUGCUAAUAUAUUACAUGGUGUCAGAAGUUUAAAAGUUAUACAAGGAAAGCUCAACAUUCUGAAAAGUGGAACAAAUGAGACCACCAACUACUCUGAACCUAGAGGGAAAUCUAGUGUGGAUCCAGAAAUUCAACCUUUACUAUAUAUCAUCGCCGGUGGCAUCUCCGAAAAAGGGAAAUGUGCCACGUUCCUGCACGUAGCCAGAGAUGAUGGAAUCAAUGUAUUCAAUAUUUUAGAUUUUGACGAUGAUGUAGAUGACUUGGAUAUAUUAAAAUACCUUUUCCGAACGUAAUAUGAGCCAAGAAAAAAUGCAUCAGGUAACGUUAAGUCCGAUAUCUUUUUUACGAGAGUGCAAGGACAAACAAAGUCAAUUGAUGCUUAUGCGACUGAUCUAAAAAAUGACUUUGAGUUUCAACAAUUUACCGAGUCACUGAUACGGGACAGAAUUGUGUGUGAAAUCACAAAUGACCAAGUGCGCGGCAGAUUACUCACUCAAAAUUAACAACCACACAUGUACUUUUAAGCUGGAUACAGGAGCUGAAUGUAAAGUCUUGUCCGGGUGAGACUUGAAAACUCUGAAAGUGAGUGGGGCUAAUAAAAUGUGCAGCCAGAUUCUCUCUUUCCUUUGGUCCAAAAAUAAGUACCUUGGUCUUGUCUUGAUUUAGCUGGAGGAAGUUGAGCCAUCCAAGUAUUUAACUCCAUGCAAAAAUCCAACCGCAAACGAGUCACCUAUUCUGGCCACCAGAUAGAGCAAAAAGGCAAGAAAACACUCAACUGCAAGUACAAAGAGAAAGUGUUUGACCUGGAAUGUCAAGUGAUAGAACAAGAUGCACCUGCAAUACUUGGAAGCAAAUGGGUUUACUACCGAUAAUAUUCAAGCGUGAACAAAGACAGGCACUGACAUUUUGAGUGAAUAUGAAGAUGUAUUCACAGGACUCGGAUGUGUUCCAGGAGAUAAUAUAUUACACCUGUUGGUGUUUAAAUCACAUUUUAGCUUGAAGCGUGUUCGGUUAUCCUACAGACUCAGCGCAUUGCUACAUGGUACUUGAAGAAGAAACGGAGGUUAUUAAUUAACUUAGUACACUGUUUAGAUUGAGCACAUCUAAGCGAAAGCUGUACUUUGUCAUGACGAUAUAAACGGAUGGAUGUGUUCCAGACAAGGAAGGACAUCUAUUGGCUGAAUUUGGCGGUCUGGAGUGUAGUAGGAUUAUGCUAGACCGAGCAGACAGUGAACCAGAUAACGAUGAUGCUGCUCACACCCAUUAUCAAGUUGAGGAAAGAAAGCAAGCCAAAUUCCCCAGAUCAAUGGGAUAGUGAUGUCUCAAGGAUCCUGGAUUGCACGGGCCGUUAGAAGAACUUACACAGCAGUCUACAGGUCAGUUCAUCUGGAUACUUCAAAACUCCUAAGAAUUUCACAAAUCCAGUGUGUGGGUCUUCCAGUGAGUUGGAGAGGAUUGAGGAACCAUGGCACAGUUUGAAAGCUUGUGGACUAUACCUAUUAUAUUGGUGUUUGAAAGCAUUGGAUCCUGUAUUGCAUGUGGUAGAGCUGAGUACAGAAUAAGGGAUGAAUGUUGUCCCAUGUGUUCACCAGGAAAUCGUGUACAUAGGCAUUGUACUGAAUUCACCAGUACCAGCUGUGUGCCCUGUGUUGAUGCUACUUUCCUUGAUGAGCCCAAUGGUCUCAUGAAAUGCAAAGUGUGUACCAACUGUGAUCCAGGUUUGGGUUUCAAGGUAAAGCAGCCAUGUACAUAUUCAUCAGACACUGUCUGUGGGACACUGGAGGGCUUCUACUGUCUAGACCCAACUAAGGAUGGUUGUAGAGCAGCCCAGAGACACAGCAGCUGUAAACCUGGUCAAUACAUCAGCCACACAGGAACAACAUCUACAGAUACUGUGUGUUCUGACUGUACUGGUGACACCUAUUCAGAUGGAUCAUUAGCAGCCUGCCAGCCACACACACAAUGUGAUACCUUGAAGCUUCAGCAAAUUAAAUCUGGAACUCAUUGGUCCGACUCUGAAUGUGGACCACAAAUCUCACCUAUAGCUACAUUAGUAUUUUCUGUGGUGUUGGGGGUACUCGCUGUGAUAGCAGCCGUGACGACGGCAGCUAUUAUGAAAAGAAGAAGAAGAAAACACCAAAGAUCCUGUAACUCGUGAGAUUAUUUUGGGGGAAUUGUACAUUUAUUGUUUAAGUGAGAAAUAUCAAAUAGCACUAAAUCAAAUGUUAUUUUGUCACAUGCGGUGAAUACAACAGGUGUAACUAACGAGCCCUGCCAGACGAUGCAGGUAGAAAAAUAAAUACAAAUAGUAACACGAGGAUUCAAAUAAAACACACAAGAAAGGAGCUACAGUACCAGUCAAAAUUUGACACCUACUCAUUCCAGUGUUUCUUUAUUUUUACUAUGUUCUACAUUGUACAAUAAUAGUGAAGACAUCAAAACUAUGAAAUAACACAUGCAAUCAUGUAGUAAAGCAAAAAAGUUUUAAACAAAUCCAAAUAUAUUUGAUAUUCUUCAAAGUAGCCAUCCUUUGCGUUGAUGACAGCUUUGCACACUCUUGGCAUUCUCUCAACCAGCCCCAAGCCAUAAGAUUGCUGAACAAUUCAUAAAAUCGCCACCGGACAAUUUACAUUGAUUUGAUGUAAUAGUCACCUGGAAUGCUUUUCGAUUAACAGGUGUGCCUUGUUAAAACUUCAUUUAAUUUAAGUUCACUUAAUGCGUUUGAGCCAAUCAGUUGUGUUGUGGUUGGGGUGGUAUACAGAAGAAAGCCCUAUUUGGAAAAACACAAAGUCCAUAUUAUGGCAAGAACAGCUCAAAUAAGCAAAGAAAAAGGACAUUAAGACAUGAAGGUCAGUCAAUCUGGAAAAGUAUCGUCAUUCCCAAGGAGACUCGAUGCUGUAAUCACUGCCAAAGGUGCUUCAAAGUACUGAGUAAAUGGUCUGAAUACUUAUGUAAAUGUUAUAUAUUUUUUUUUAUACAUUUGUAAAAAUGGGCUACUGUGUGUAGAUUAAUGAGAGGAUUUAAAAGAGUUUUAUAAUAAGGCUGUAACGUAAUAAAAUGUGGAAAAAGUCAA